GUUUCUCUUCGGUGGUUUUUUCAUUCAAUCUCUCCAAUUUUUCUCUUGCUUUGAUAUCCAAUUGAUACGAGUCUACGUGGAGCUCACUGAGCAAAUCGUAGAAAUAUUCAGAUUUCAGAUGCUUCGGGUUCUAACAUUGAUACUCUUUCUUGUCUCCUUGUCAUAUGGAUUUCUUGAAGAAGCCGAAGGUGUAGACCCUGGGAAUCGAGUAUGUGAUCCAGAUGAAGAACGAGCUGCACAGAGCUGUAAAAAUGGAGUCACAGUAUUGUCUGCAACAUUCGAGUCAAUUCAAGGCCAACACGAGUCAUUCACGGCGAGCGAUCACAUUGGAAUCAAUCAAAAUUGCAAGACUUCAUUGACAUGCCUGAAAACCAAUGUUGGAUGCUCCAAUAUUUCUCAGAAUGACGUGGACACCUUAACCAAAAAAUGCGAUUACAUGUUAUACCUAACUGGUGGAUUUUAUGCGUGUUCUCAAAAAUUGAAAAAUCGAAAGGACAACUCGUUGUGCGUGGAAAACUUUUUUGAUAAUGCAGAGGUUUCUAAAGAUACACAAUGCACAAAUUGGAGCGAUAACCGUGCCUGCCUAAAAUGGACGAUUCGAGAUGCAUGUGGAAGAAGUUAUUGGAAACAAUACAAACCUUAUUGGCACUUGAAACAUUCAUUGAUGGGAUGCUAGAGACAAUAGAAAACAAGUUGAAUUGUACAAAAUGAAUAAGUUUUUAUUUAAUUUAAUAUAGUUUUAUUAUAUGUUGCAACAAAAUUGAAGUUUUAAAGUUUUUUAAUAAAGUAAUAAUGAAAAGAUAAAACAUAUUUU